GAAACAUUGCACCCCAAAUUGUGCGGAUCCAAAGUUUAAACAAGUUGAUGGAUUGCGUUGGUAUUCCUGGAGGUGAUGUUGACAUUGUGUCAAAGGUGGCUAAACGUCGCUCGUUGACACCUGGCAUUGUCGUAUUGAUAGCUGCGGAUCGAAUGCAGUGACAAAAGAUCAAUUGUGGAGUAAACCUCGGAAUUUGUCCAAGCCCACCAACGCACCUUACUCUUUGAGUAAAGGUGGGCUGGGCUGCAGAAGCACUUCAGCCGCGUUCCUAAACCAGGGCCUGGAUUUAACGGAUCUCCUUAUCAUCUAUCUAAUUUUCCUUUUGUUGUCUUUGCUUCCUUUGAUUGCUUUUGCAUCAGUUAGUUAUCUUGUCGCCAAGUGACGGGCGCCCAACAUGGGACAACUGUCACGUGCCUGUCCACGUAACGUAGCCGAAGCACGCAGGGCGAACGUCGGGUUUGAUUAACCGCAAAUCCAUCAAUCUUCCCAAACCCGUCACCGCCAUCGGUUUCGUGUCAUUAGUCUCCUCCUUUUUGCGAUUGUGCCAGAUCACUUUCUGGCGGCGAAGAUUCGCCCUUUGCGCGUGCGCAUCCUGCUUCCCUUCCCGUCGGUUCCCUCGAUAACCAUUCAAUUGAUUUUGACCGACCGGAAGGGCCCGACGGGUUCCAUCGUUUUGUUUCUGCCUUUGCACCAGGCUUCAAGGGCAUGUUUUUUUUUCUUGGCCAUGGUAUCGCUGAAUUCGGCCGAUUGAUCAAUUGAUAGAUGCAGCGACACUCUUUAUUAGCGAUCACGUUAUCAAUCAAUCGCACAGCAUCAUUGGGUUGACAUCAACAACAAUAAUGUCGCUCAAUUCUUCAUUUCUACAGCUAUACUAAACUUUCAUUUCAUUUCCUUGCCCUUUUGUUGAGUCGGCGUUUGGUACCCUGGAAUUGGUGUCACAUCGGAAACAAGAGUGCCGAUAUCGCACAGGUCCAUUGCUCGCUAAGCCACCCCAAAGCCCCAAUCAUCAGUCGCCCGUGAACCAGUCAUGGACGAUUAUGGACUUGACGACGUAAUGGACCGCCAUACCAGCCAGGCAUCACCAACACUGGACCAGAUUGCACGCUAUAUACUCGCCAAUCCCGGUUCUCCGCCCGGCAUCAUCAUUCUCGCCGGGGCCGGCAUUAGCACUUCGGCGGGGAUCCCGGACUUCCGCUCGCCCAAGACCGGACUUUACGACAACCUAGCUCGUUUCAGCCUCGACAGCCCGACCGACGUGUUCGAUAUUAACUUUUUCCGCACCAAUCCGCAGCCCUUUUACUCCCUGGCCCCGGAGCUUUACCCAGGCCGAUAUGCGCCCACCAUCUCACAUGCGUUCGUGGCUCUGCUAGCCCGCAAGGGACUGCUGGCCAUGCUGUUCACGCAGAAUAUCGACGGCCUUGAAAAGGCGGCCGGGGUGCCGCCGGACUUGGUCGUCGAGGCCCACGGUAGUUUUGACUCGCAGCGUUGCAUCGACUGCGCGCAAGAGUUUCCCGCCGCGGACAUGCGAGCCCACGUUGCUACGUCCAGCGUUCCGCACUGUGGAAAGUGUGGCGGCCUGGUCAAGCCGGACAUUGUCUUUUUCGGCGAGCAGCUGCCGGACAGGUUCUUUCGCGCAAGGGAGGCGCACUUGCCGGACCUAGAAGGUGCACCGAUCCCUGAAAUAUUGGGCGGUGCGCGGCAGGUGGUCAUCGUCAUGGGCACAAGCCUCAGCGUGCCCCCGUUUUGUGAACUUCCGGUCAGGGCAGCGGAUGGCGUCCCGAGGCUUUUGUUCAACCGGGAGGUGGUUGGGGACUUUGGGGAGAGGGCACAGGAUGUUGUUGAGCUUGGAGAUUGCGAUUCUGGGGUCAGGAAGCUGGCGGAGAUGCUGGGCUGGGGGGAGGAGUUGGAGGUUGAGUGGCGGAGGGUGGUGGGCAAUGAGGAGGCUGAGAGGCAGCUUGUGCGAGCUGCUGCCGCUGCGGCUCCUCAUCCCAUCUUGGAGAUGGACGAUGGACUGUCGGAAGACAGCUCUGACACGUCCGAUUCCGCCUCUGAUAAGGACGAUUUAAUGAGCGACGAUGGUGGAAAUACGGAUCACGAGGUCAACGAUUUUAGCAGCUCAUCAUUCGGUGCUGUCGCCACGCCGCUUACUCUGGACAGCGUCUACUACAACCCCCAUCAGGAUCAGAUGGUUCAUAUUUCAUCGAGUCUUCCAUCGGUUUCCUUGGCGGCAGACCUUGCCUGCCUUGUACCACCGGUCGAAGGGGAUUUUGUCGGCUCGUUUGACCAUCACAACUUUCUUAUCGACCCGAUCGACACACGACAAGGACAAUCAACCGGUUACUUAGACCAUAGUCAUGCGAUGCUGGAUCUCGUCCCAUUGCCACAUGGCCAUGGCGAGAGUGGUUCGGUUGACGAUGAACGUGGAAACCAGAAUUUAGAGGACGGUGUCAGAAACCAUGACAUUGACGGCCCCAACGACACGAACGAGGGCGCAAAGACCACGAGGACUUUCCAGCUCACCGACUCGCGAGUUCAGACUGAGGGAAAUCCAUCCGCUUGAUGUGUUUGUGAGGUUUCUGGUAUACGAGUCAAUCAGCCAGCCUCGGUUGCGCUGCCGCCCUCAAUUGUAGUCCCUUUGCCCCUCCAACGAUAGAUAGCUGGC